CACAAUAAGGGGUGGGAACUGCACUGGAUACUUAACAAAUCAGUCAUCUUAACUCCAGCAUCAGCUCGGUUCUUUGCUUAUCGAGACGAGAGAGAAUCCGAGGAAGGAGAUGUUUAUGGCGGAACGGAAGACUGAGAGCCUGAAAGUCCCGCUGCACGAGCUCCACUUUCCCACUUCUUCCAUUUUAUCAGCUGGAAGAUUUGAGCUGAAGAUAGCACCGCGCCUUAUCCGCUCUCUCUCUCUCUCUCUCUCUCCACACAGCUGCUUUUCUUCAAAUACCUUCUCCAUUUUCACACUGAACUCAGAGUAAGGAACUGAGGUUGUUUUACUUCAACUUUGUGUUGUUCUGUAAAAGUUUUGCAGUGUUUUUUGUUUGUUUUUUUUGUCACAAACUCUGAGCACAAGCAGGACUGAUGUGGUGAACUUUACUUCCAGCUUCUUCACAUCUGAUUCAGGAACAGAGCAGCUCUCAGACCCAGGUUUAAUCUGCUUCAAGGAAACAGUGCUCUAAGAUUAUUUCACUUAGCCAUGAUCAAUACAUUUUAAUGGUCGUAUGUGGCCUAAAAGUGCUGUUUCAUGAACUGAUGGAUUACUGAGGAUUAUCUACCAGAGGAAAAGCAGUGACAAGGAGCAAAACCUGAGAGAUGGAGGCUGCUGCAGGAUUCCUGCUGUUGCUCACUUUGACGUCUUUAAGAGUAAACACAGUUCAUGCAGACCAAAGCACAAUACGAAAGGUGAAGUGUGUAUGUGAAAACGCAUGCACAGAUGAGUGUAUAGGCUAUGUCUGCUUCUUCAUCUCGAUCAAUGGGCAGAUUGAGAGGGGCUGCUUUGAGAAGCCUCAGAGGGAGCAGUGCUAUGUCUCUGGGAUCCCCAAUUUGUUCGUCAACUGCUGCUCCAGUGACUACUGCAACACCAACAUAACAUUACCCGAAACCGGAACAAGCGGACAUGGCAGUGUGAUUGUGCUGGUGGCUGUGCCGUUGUUGGUGCUGGUUUUGUUUUCCAUAGCAGUGUGUGGUUUUGUGUUGUGGCUACGCUCCAAACGACAGCACCACCAACUGCAGAAACAUGACCCCCCCAUGAUCAAAGUGCCCAAUGGAGGAGACCCGACCUACGGGGAUAUCUUUGAUGAGUUUUGCACAUCAGGCAGUGGGACCGGCCUGCCUUACCUGGUGCAGAGGACCAUGGCUCGGCAGAUCUCCUUGGUGGAGUGUGUUGGUAAGGGCCGUUAUGGAGAGGUGUGGAGGGGCACGUGGAUGGGAGAGAAUGUGGCUGUGAAAAUCUUCUCCUCUCGAGAUGAACAGUCCUGGUUCCGAGAGACUGAAAUCUACAACACUGUCCAGCUAAGACAUGAAAACAUCUUGGGAUUCAUCGCCUCAGACAUGACAUCAAAGAACUCCAGCACGCAGCUCUGGCUGGUGACUCAUUUCCAUGAGCUGGGCUCACUUUAUGACUUCCUGCAAUACAGCACCUUGGAUCCAGAGGCGUGUUUGUGCAUGUGCCUGUCAAUAGCCAGUGGCCUGGUGCACCUUCACACAGAAAUCCUCACCACUCAGGGCAAGCCGGCCAUCGCCCACCGUGACCUCAAAAGCCGCAACAUUCUGGUGAAGAGGAACGGCCAAUGCUGCAUCGCUGACUUGGGUCUGGCUGUCAUUCAUUCUCAGUCCAAUGACUACCUGGAUGUAGGGAACAACCCAAGGGUAGGCACCAAACGCUACAUGGCCCCUGAGGUCCUAGAUGAGAGUAUCCGUGUGGACAUCUUUGAAUCGUACAAGCAGACUGAUAUCUGGGCUUUGGGACUGGUUUUGUGGGAGAUCACCCGCCGAACCAUCGUGAAUGGAAUUGUCGAGGAGUAUCGCCUGCCUUUUUUUGACGUGGUGCCCUCCGACCCCAGUUUUGAAGAGAUGAAGAAGGCGGUGUGUGUGGACCAGUACAGGCCUUGCCUUCACAACCGACUGCAUUCCCAUCCGAUUCUGUCUGCUGUAGCGAAAAUCAUGAAGGAGUGCUGGUUUCAGAGUCCCUCAGCUCGCCUCACUGCCCUGCGUGUGCGUAAGACCCUGGCAAAGCUGGACCAAGACCAAGACUGCAGCACAGACAAACUCAAACUGGAUGUCUAGAAGUCUGCUCCUGGUUAAUGGACACAAGUUGCAGAACAGGUGCCAGAACCCCUCUUAGCCUCAUAUGCCUUUUAAGAGCAGCGUCUGACCUCGAGUUCAUUCCUGGCGUUUCAGCCGAGGAAGCCGCAAAGCCUGACUGAACUCAGAGCUGUGCUUCUCCUCUGGACUGCAGUAUUACUGUUGAAGGAUUUACUGCGGGGUUGGGGUUUUUUUUUUUUCAACACAGUGACUCAAUUGUCAGUGAAAGUAACUCAAAGUACUCCUUAGGGUUGAGAGAUUUGCACAUGUUUUUCUGUCGGUGUUGUUUAUGAAUGUGUUUGUCAGGAUAUGAGCCAUACUGGACUUCCCAAUGGAGGAGUUUCCUGAAAUUCCUUCAUGACUUUGUCUCCCUCCUCCUCCUCCUCCUCCUCCGAAAUUCUGAAUGUCUUAAAUGAGGACACCAUGUACUUUGUUCCGACAUGGACGUUUUAUUCAUUCCACAGUUAUGACGAAAACAUUUAGAACAACCAUAUACUAAAUAUAUAUCCAUGAUCGCGUACUGAUAUAUAAUAGCACACAUGCAAUAUUCAUUGCAGUGUAGAACGUGUAUGUUAUUGCUAAAUGUUUCAGACUACAUAUAUAUCCAGAGAUGAACCUUUGCAGCCCUAAACAGCAUGUAAUACAGACGUAUCCUGCAUUCUUACAGGGCGUUCUGUUACCUGCUUAUAGCUAGAAAUGUCUAUUGGUAUAUCGUUUAAUGUUUCACUUUUUUAUAAUAUGUUUUAUAUUUGUAAAAGACUUAUUUAGUACUGUUUUUGCACAGAACAGAUAUAAUUCUCACAAAAUAUACUGGUAUUUAACAAAAUAAAAAUUAUAUGAUAAAAAUGUUAUAUUUAGGUUAUUCUCACGCCUGCUGACGUAAUAUUUCACUGUCAGUCAUAAGUGGGCUCCUGAUCAGAAUAAUGCAGUCAUACUAUUGCAAUAAAGGUUUUGUUUUUUGUGUAGUUUUAAAGAAGAAUUAAAAAUCUAAGUGUGUAUUUAAA